GGUGGGUGGGCGGGGGGGAGGGGUUCCCGUUCACCCAGACAGUGGAAAUCGCGUAUUCGCGGACAGAAGUACUCGUCGUGUGUCAGUGGAAGUGGCGUCGUCGUAGGUGGGUGUGCUUAUCAACGGCGAUAAUGAGUGUCGAACGCGUGGACACGCGACGAAAUCACACGUUCGUCGCGAUAGAGUUUCGGGGAUCGUCGCGUGGCUAAGUGGCGGAGAACAUGACCGCUGGAAUGGCGAGGAAGUAAGCGCUUUCUGUUUUUUUUUUCUUCGUCUCUUCCGGCUUCUGGGGGAAGCGGAGGGAAGGGAGGCUACGAGUGGGCUGCCCAUAGAAGACGACGAUGAUGUCUAGACAAAGCAAAGACCCCGUGCAGAAGUGCCACUCGGACCCGGGCGCAGCGAGUGCCCCGGGCACUCCUUGCAGCCCUGGUAAGCGAAUUUCUCGACGACUGGUGCCAGGCAUUCCGAGCUCCUCGAACACACGCAAGUGUGUUCUCACCUUAGAUGGGUACAGCUACGUGAUCGUUGCAUCUCCCCCAGAUCGAAGGAUCACGAGAGACGAUACCGCAGUGUCCUCACCUGGUGCAUCUCCAAACGUUAACGCAACAACGAGCUGCACUGGUACAACAUCGUCUCUGUCGCACAAUCCUUCCUCGCCUGGUCGAAAUGGCCAAUUACCAAAACAAGGCACGUUAACGAUAGUACGCCGAAGUUCCGGCAAGAAUAGAAGUAUCGGCGGAAGUUUCGAAAGUUCACCGCCGCCACAUAGCCCCGACACUCUUUCAUCGAGCCAGUCCGUGGAUCUCGACGAAAUUCUCGAUAAUAUCGACUUGACGACAGACUCGCUCCCUGCCGUUGACACCCCCGAUGCCUGCGACAAAGCUGCUCUCAGAUUGAGAUGUUUGCUGAGGCAGCUUCAACAUGGCGAAAUAUCGGCAGAAUUGCUCCAACGAAACUUGCACUACGCGGCACGCGUUCUCGAAGCCGUUUUCCUCGACGAAACCAAGGUGAAUUCAGGCGGGGUUGAGUGCUCUCGGUCAUCGCGUAGGGGUGCGGGCCUGUCAUCUGCAUCCCUCGGAAGCGCCUUGGACUCGGACGGACCACAGGGCCACGCGGUGGUAACCCAGAAACGGAAGCUUCGCACCCCCGUAUGGGCAAGACGGCUGGCAGACGAGGACGACGAACUGUCGGAGGUUCAGCCAGACGCCGUGCCACCGGAAGUACGCGAAUGGCUCGCCUCGACCUUCACCAGACAGCUAGCCACCACCAGGCGGAAGGCGGACGAGAAACCCAAAUUCCGAUCGGUCGCCCACGCUAUCAGGGCGGGGAUUUUCGUCGAUCGGAUCUACAGGCGGGUCACCAACACCGCGCUCAUGCAGUUCCCCCAGGAAGUGGUCAAAGUACUCAAGACCCUGGACGACUGGUCCUUCGACGUGUUCUCGUUAAGCGAAGCCGCGAUGGGAACCCCCGUCAAGUACCUGGGCUACGAUCUGCUCAACCGAUACGGGAUGAUCCACAAAUUCAAGGUGCCCCCCGCAGUGUUGGAGUGCUUUUUGGGGAGGGUCGAGGAGGGUUACUGCAGGCAUCGUAACCCGUACCACAACAAUUUGCAUGCGGCUGACGUCGCGCAGACCAUGCACUACAUUCUCUGUCAAACGGGACUCAUGAAUUGGCUGACCGAUCUGGAGAUUUUCGCCACCCUCGUGGCGGCGAUUAUUCAUGAUUACGAGCACACUGGGACCACAAACAAUUUCCACGUAAUGUCCGGUAGCGAUACGGCGCUUCUCUACAACGACCGGGCAGUUCUGGAAAAUCACCACAUCUCCGCGAGCUUCCGAAUAUUGAGAGAGGACGAGUGCAACAUACUGCAAAACCUUUCGAGGGAGGAGUUCCGAGAAUUCCGUUCCCUGGUCAUCGAUAUGGUCCUCGCGACCGAUAUGAGCUUUCAUUUCCAACAAUUGAAGAACAUGAAGAACAUCCUGAGCCUGGCGGAGCCUAGCGUCGACAAAAGCAAGGCUGUCAGUCUCGUCCUCCAUUGCUGCGACAUCUCGCACCCAGCCAAAAGAUGGGACCUUCAUCACAGAUGGACGAUGCAGCUUCUGGAAGAGUUCUUCCGGCAGGGAGACAAAGAAAGGGCCAUGGGAUUGCCAUUUUCCCCCCUAUGCGAUCGUAACAAUACCCUGGUGGCUGAAUCCCAAAUAGGGUUCAUAGAGUUUAUCGUCGAGCCCAGCAUGCAGGUGUGCAGCGACAUGUUGGAGACGGUCCUCACCCCGUUGAACACCAAGGAGAGCGUGGACGAGUCCAACAACGGUUCGAACCCGGAGGCUAGGAGGUUUAAGAUUGGAAAGCCAUGGAUUCCUUGCCUCGCGGAGAACAAGAGCAUUUGGAAGGAGCAGGCUGUUCGAGAUGCUGAGGCGAGGGCACAAAAGGAGCAAGAGCAGAAGGCGAGCGACAGCCGCGAGGACGGCGACACAGUGCAACAAGCUGCGCCCGAGGAAUGAAAGAUCCGACGAGCCGUCUUGUUUCUCAAGAGAAUAUGUAAUUUUAGGCUACGAGGAGGCUCAUGAACGUUUUAGAAGUGGUCGCAGUGAUACGGGUAAACGCGUCGCGACUACAGCGAUUCCUCUCGUCGCCCCGAGCGAAAGUCAAAGGUCAGGCUUAACGUUAAGACCACCUCCACCGACUUAUUUGUAUCGUUUGUUUACCACGGCUAUCUGUUCCAUCGUCCGAUGUUCCAUUGAUCUAGCAUUUCGACGGGUGUCUGAAUAUCGAGAAUGGUGGAGCGCAGAGGCGGGCAAAAUUUUAAUCGAAUAACGCGAGUGGCGAAUGGAAACAACGUGGAGCUAUUUAUUUACCUUCUGGAAUGUAACAGAGCGGCUAGUUCGACACUAGAGCAAUUUCUGAAGAGAAUAUACAUAUUCUAGAGUAAAGAGAAAGUAUAGACAAUGGUAUUAUUGAUGGCAUUUGUUUUUUACUCGACCAAACAAUUACUCAGAUGGCCUUCCACUCGUUUCAUGUGAAACUUUAUUUUAUAGUUGAGAUUUUAAUAACCACCGAAACGAUGAAUCUCUAUCUUCCAUUCGUCAUUCGAAAUUUUCGUGUAGAUUCAAACUUUGCCCAUUUCUGAACAAUUACCACAGACUUGUUCCAAACCAGUCUCCGCGGUCGUAUUUGCGAAUUGUACAUACAAGCUUUACAUGAUUUUCUUAUUCUACGUUCUCGAAGAUAUAUUGCGUUAAUUUAUAACAAGCUGCGAAAUGAACGCCUCGACCGUGAAGUCCGAGUUAAGUCGUGGACUAACGCGGAAAUUACAUGUGCAUAAAUUCCGAUAUAGCGAAAAAAUAAUACCACGAUAUUUUGUGAAUCUUUUUAAAUACGCAUUCGUCGUGUUGGUCGCAGACUGAUUACAAGGCCACGCGCUACUUUACGUUCGAUAAAAGCUGCGUACUCUUCGAGGGCCACAAAAUAAUUGAGCUCGUCUCUAUGUCGCUUUGAUUUAUCAAAAAUUAUGGUAAACUGCAAAGGCAGAAACGAAAAAACGAUAAAUUAAUUCACCAAGAAUGUAAACACACACCUCUGUGUUCACAAUAGAGAAUCGAGGUCGGCUCGGAGAAGAAUCUCAAGGCGUUCAUUUCCCAGUUGAUAUUUCCCUGGUCGUGCAACCGAUUACGCGUGAAUUAAUUACUAUGAAAACGUAGAAGUAGCACGUCUCCCAAGGUAAACGUAGCCUAAAGUUACCACGCUGCGAUAGGCAGCAAGAAUCGAGCACACGUAAGCGAAAGAAAGUCGUAAACGUACUUAGAGCACAAUUCUCCAUUGGCGAUUAUGUGGUAGCGAGUGAAAGAACACUAUGUUAACGUCGAGGGUGAUUCCCAUGGCGUUCCGAUCAUCGGCAACGCUGUCUUUCUCCGUACCUGUUUUUUCUUACAAUUAGUCUAUAAUUACGAGCAUACGUUUUUUCAUAGGAACGAAGACUUUCAUCUUGAGAAAGAGUACGCACCGAGUUCGAUCAAAUUCGCGAUGAUCGACACCGACUGGCGACGUUACUUUACCAAUCUCAUUGCAUAUACAUCGUCAUCGUGAUUUUCUGUUUCCUAAAUUAUGUAGCCUCGUGAAGUUGGCACCCCCAAAUGCAAAUUUGGAUAAAAAUCAAAUUGCAUUCGUUUGUCCACGAUUUGUCCACGUUUGUCCAACCACAAUUUUCAUUUGUCCACCCUUCAGAAAAAAGUUUCACCACAAAUAAGCCAUUUGAGGUCAACACAUCUAUAUAGACCUUUUUUCGGGUUUCCUUAAAAAAUGUGUCUUUCCACAUUUCGUCCACUAAUGUUUUUCGUUUGUCCAACAAGUAUUUUCGUUUGUCCACCCCUCAGAAAAAAGAUACACUUCAAUUAAGGAGAAGUUGCCAGCGAUACGCUCGGUUGCGGGUCAUUUGUCCUCGUUUUGUCAAUUUCGUAGCUAAUUACGUAUGUCUGCGCAGAACCACUAACGGUACUUGUUAUUUGUUUGUUUUGUAAAUUAAUAUUAUUUACAUGUUACAUAAAAACGGGGAAAGAGAAAUAAUUAAAAUAUAAAUAGAAUGUUGCAAUUGGCAUUGUUCAAACAAUUUCUGCAUUUUAACUAUUAAUUUGCAUCCAAGGGUAUGUACCACGUACAUAUUCACCUUAAUAAUUAUUAAAUUGAUGAACAUGAUACGUAAGUGUAAGUAGCGAUACUACAUUUUCCUAAUCUAUGCAUAACCUUUUCCUAAGGGUUACACAAACGAAAACUUUAAUUGAAAAAACAAAUAACGUUAGUGGUUCUGCGCAGACAGAAAUAAUUAGCUACGAAAUUGAUAGAACGAAGACAAAUGACCCGCAACCGAGCGUAUCGCUGGCAACUUCUCCUUAAUUGAAGUGUAUCUUUUUUCUGAGGGGUGGACAAACGAAAAUACUUGUUGGACAAACGAGAAACAUUAGUGGACGAAAUGUGGAAAGACACAUUUUUUAAGGAAACCCGAAAAAAGGUCUAUAUAGAUGUGUUGACUUCAAAUGGCUUGUUUGUGGUGUAACUUUUUUCUGAAAGGUGGACAAAUGAAAAUUGUGGUUGGACAAACGUGGACAAAUCGUGGACAAACGAAUGUUAUUUGAUUUUUACCAAAAUUUGCUAGGGGUGUUAACUUCACUAAGCUAAAUUAUGUAAAAAAGAGAGAAAAAAACGACUACGACGUUACUCGAACGUUUCUACUACUCGGAACUGUUCGCAUACAGACUUUUUCUGAACGUUUUAUCGAAGGGUAAGACUAUGGAUGCGAAUUCGGACGAAAAUGUGUUCGGACUAUUUCUGACGAAUUCGUCCGAAUAAACAAAUACCUGUUUUUCAAUGAUAGUGUUUAAUCCGUUGACAUGCUCUAUUUUACCAUCAUUUAACAACAUUAUCU